UCCAGGGAGAAGGAGGAAAAUGGCCGCUCGGGCUGAACCGUAGGCGGCGACUCGGAGCCCCCUUCUUUUCAGCCUAACAGCGCCGGCCGCAAAGCGGGCUCCUCCGCGGGGGCCCGAAAGAGGCCCCAACCAGGCUUCCAGACGGCACUGAAAUAUAGCUAACUGAAGUUUUUCUGUGAAGAUGGCAAACCUUUUGAGUGAUAGUCUGCUGACUUAUGUAGAAGAGGAAAAUAUUCCUGGCCUAAAAGCAUUUCUAGAAAAAUGCAAGGAUGUGGAUGAAAGAAAUGAGUGUGGACAGACUCCAUUGAUGUUAGCUGCUGAAAAUGGCAAUCUUGAAAUAGUAAAAGAGCUACUUAAGAAUGGAGCUAAUUGCAAUCUGGAAGAUGUGGAUAACUGGACAGCCCUUAUAUCAGCAGCAAAAGAAGGUCAUAUAGCUGUUGUGAAGGAGCUACUUAAAUGCAAUGUUAAUUUGGAACAUAAAGAUAUGGGAGGAUGGACAGCUCUUAUGUGGGCAUGUUAUAAAGGCCAUACAGAAGUAGUAGACUUGCUCCUUUCAAAAGGUGCCAAUCCAAAUGUCACUGGACUGCAAUACAAUGUAUAUCCAAUCAUUUGGGCUGCUGGGCGAGGUCAUGCAGAUAUUGUAUAUCUGUUACUGAAAAAUGGAGCUAAAGUCAAUUGUACUGAUAAGUAUGGAACCACCCCUUUGGUCUGGGCUGCACGUAAGGGCCAUUUGGAAUGUGUUAAGCACUUACUGCAUAUGGGAGCAGAUGUUGAUCAAGAAGGAGCUAAUUCAAUGACUGCACUUAUUGUGGCAGUAAAGGGUGGCUACACACAGACAGUAAAGGAAAUUUUGAAAAGGAAUCCAAAUGUGAAUUUAACAGAUAAAGAUGGAAAUACAGCUUUGAUGAUUGCAUCAAAGGAGGGUCACAUUGAAAUUGUACAGGAUUUACUUGAUGCUGGAACAUAUGUGAAUAUUCCUGAUAGGAGUGGGGACACUGUGCUGAUUGGUGCUGUCAGGGGUAGUCAUGUUGAAAUUGUUCGAGCCCUCCUACACAAAUAUGCUGACAUAGAUAUUAGAGGACACGAUAAUAAAACUGCUUUGUAUUGGGCUGUUGAAAAAGGCAAUGCAGCAAUGGUGAGAGAUAUCCUGCAGUGCAAUCCAGAUACUGAAAUAUGCUCAAAGGAUGGUGAAACACCACUUAUAAAGGCCACGAAGAUGAGAAAUAUUGAAGUGGUUGAACUUCUGCUAGAUAAAGGAGCUAAGGUGUCUGCUGUAGAUAAGAAAGGAGACACUCCUCUCCAUAUUGCCAUUCGUGGCAGAAGCCGGAAGCUAGCAGAACUUCUUUUAAGAAAUCCAAAAGAUGGACGACUGCUUUAUAGGCCAAACAAAGCAGGAGAGACACCAUACAACAUUGACUGUAGCCAUCAGAAAAGUAUUUUAACUCAAAUAUUUGGAGCCAGACACUUGUCUCCUACUGACGCAGAUGGAGACAUGCUUGGUUAUGAUUUGUAUAGCAGUGCUCUGGCUGAUAUUCUUAGUGAACCAACCAUGCAACCCCCCAUUUGUGUGGGAUUGUAUGCCCAGUGGGGAAGUGGGAAAUCUUUUUUGCUAAAGAAAUUAGAAGAUGAGAUGAAAACUUUUGCAGGACAGCAAAUUGAACCUCUUUUCCAGUUCUCAUGGCUUAUAGUAUUUCUUACACUGUUGCUCUGUGGAGGGUUGGGUUUAUUGCUUGCGUUUACUGUGGACCUGAAACUUGGAAUAGCAGUGGCAUUAAGCUUCUUGGCACUCCUGUAUAUAUUCUUUACUGUAAUUUACUUUGGUGGUCGAAGGGAAGGGGAAAGUUGGAAUUGGGCCUGGGUGGUAAGCACUAGGUUGGCAAGACAUAUUGGCUACUUGGAACUCCUCCUUAAACUGAUGUUUGUAAACCCCCCUGAAUUGCCAGAGCAAACUACAAAAGCUUUACCUGUCAGGUUUUUAUUUACAGAUUACAAUAGACUUUCUAGUGUGGGUGGAGAAACUUCCUUGGCUGAGAUGAUUGCAACUCUUUCUGAUGCUUGUGAAAGAGAAUUUGGUUUCUUAGCCACAAGACUUUUUCGAGUAUUCAAGACUGAAGAUACACAGGGAAAAAAAAAGUGGAAGAAAACUUGCUGCCUUCCAUCUUUUGUCAUCUUCAUUUUCGUCUUGGGAUGUAUUAUUGCCGGAAUCACUCUCCUUGCUAUAUUUAGAGUUGACCAAAAACAUAUGACAGUGAAUGCUAUUCUUAUAUCAAUUGCAUCUAUUGUUGGUUUGGCCUUCAUCUUAAACUGUCGUACUUGGUGGAAAGUACUAGACUCUAUCCUAAAUUCUCAGCGUAAACGUCUCCAUCAUGCUGCCACCAAACUGCACAAGUUGAAAAGUGAAGGUUUCAUGAAGGUUCUGAAAUGUGAAGUGGAAUUGAUGGCUAGAAUGGCAAAAACCAUAGACAGCUUCACUCAGAAUCAGACGAGACUAGUGGUCAUCAUUGAUGGGCUGGAUGCUUGUGAGCAAGACAAAGUCCUACAGAUGCUAGACACAGUCCGAGUUCUGUUUUCAAAAGGUCCAUUCAUUGCUAUUUUUGCAAGUGACCCACACAUUAUCAUAAAGGCAAUUAACCAGAACCUCAACAGUGUACUUCGUGAUUCAAAUAUAAAUGGUCAUGACUACAUGCGCAAUAUAGUUCAUUUGCCUGUUUUCCUUAAUAGUCGUGGAUUAAGCAGUGCAAGAAAAUUUCUCGUAACUGCCACUUCAAAUGGAGAAGUUGUGUGUUCUGAUAGCACAGGAUUACAUGAAGAUACUGACAGAAGAGUUUCACAGAACAGCCUUGGGGAAAUGACCAAACUUGGUAGCAAGACAGCCCUCAACAGGCGGGAUACUUACCGAAGAAGACAGAUGCAGCGGAGCAUAACACGUCAGAUGUCUUUUGAUCUUACAAAACUAUUAGUGACAGAGGACUGGUUCAGUGAUAUCAGUCCGCAGACUAUGAGAAGACUACUUAAUAUUGUUUCUGUGACAGGACGAUUAUUGAGAGCCAAUCAAAUUAAUUUCAAUUGGGAUAGGCUUGCUAGCUGGAUCAACAUUACAGAACAAUGGCCCUACCGAACUUCAUGGCUCAUACUGUAUUUGGAGGAAACUGAAGGCGUUCCAGAUCAAAUGACAUUAAAAACCAUCUAUGAAAGAAUAUCAAAGAAUAUCCCAACAACUAAAGAUGUUGAGCCAUUACUUGAAAUUGAUGGUGACAUAAGGAACUUUGAAGUGUUUUUGUCUUCACGAACACCAGUUCUUGUGGCUCGAGAUGUAAAAACCUUUUUGCCAUGUACUGUAAACCUGGAUCCCAAACUUCGAGAAAUUAUUGCAGAUGUUCGUGCUGCAAGAGAACAGAUUGGAGGACUUCAGUAUUCCACUAUGCAGCUAGAUGUGAAUCAUCGAGCCCCGUCUCCGUUUAGUCUGCCUGCAACUCUGAGUUCUUCAACUUCCUUUAAUGGACCGUUUCCUGGUAAUAUGAUAUCACCACAACCUCCUAGCAGCUCUUACAGUGGCCUGACAGGACCUCAGCAUCCCUUCUAUAACCGGCCAUUCUUUGUCCCAUAUGUUAACCCGCCAAGGUAUUACCCUGGCAGUUUCCAACAUCUCAUCUCACGUCCAUCUAUAAAAACGAGUUUUUCCAGAGAUCAGAACAGUGGCCUACAGUGUAAAUCUGGGUUUAACAAACAGAGACAGGGAACAGUGUCAGGACAGUCAGUGACAUUGAACUCAAUGAAUGUGGAUUCUGUGUGUGAGAAACUGAAACAAAUAGAGGGCCUAGACCAAAGUAUGAUACCACAGUACUGUGCAACAAUAAAAAAGGCAAAUAUUAAUGGCCGUGUACUGGCUCAGUGUAACAUUGAUGAGUUGAAGAAAGAAAUGAACAUGCAUUUUGGGGACUGGCAUCUUUUCAGAAGUACGGUACUUGAUAUGAGAAAUGCAGAAAACCAACCAGUUCCUGAAGAGUCACAUGUAAUGUCGGAACAUGCUGAUAUCUCGGUCCCUCAUGGCGAAUCUCUUCGUCGUUCAUUACAUAAUGAAUUGCCACAUACGGAGCUUUCUGGUCACACUCCCUACACAUUGAACUUCAGUUUUGAAGAACUGAACACUAUUGGUCUUGAUGAAGCUCCACCACGCCACAGUAAUUUAAGUUGGCAGUCACAAACUCGCAGAACCCCAAGUCUUUCAAGUCUCAAUUCACAGGAUUCGAGUAUUGAAAUCUCAAAACUUACUGAUAAGGUUCAGGCAGAAUAUAGAGAUGCCUAUAGAGAAUAUAUUGCUCAGAUGUCUCAGCUAGAAGGGGGCGCAAGUUCUGCAACAAUUAGUGGCAGAUCUUCUCCACACAGCACAGGGCUAUACUAUAUGGGUCAGAGUUCAUCAGGGGGCUCCAUUCAUUCCUCUAUAGAGCAAGAAAAAGGAAAGGAUAGUGAACUGAAACAAGAUGAUGCAAGGAAGUCAUUUUUGAUCAAGAGGGGAGAUGUUAUAGAUUAUUCAUCUUCAGGUGUUUCCACUAAUGAUGCAUCUCCUUUGGAUCCUAUCACUGAAGAAGAUGAAAAAUCUGAUCAGUCUGGAAGUAAGCUUCUUCCAGGAAAGAAAUCUUCAGAAAGACCAAGCCUCUUCCAGACAGAUUUAAAACUAAAAGGAAGUGGGUUGCGCUAUCAGAAACUUCCAAGUGAUGAAGAUGAGUCUGGGACAGAAGAAUCAGAUAAUACUCCACUUCUCAAAGAAGAUAAAGAUAAAAAAGCAGAAGGAAAAGUAGAUAGAAUGCCCAAAUCUCCAGAACAAAGCACAGAGCCUAUUAGAACCUUCAUUAAAGCAAAAGAGUAUUUAUCAGAUGCCCUCCUAGACAAAAAAGAUUCCUCUGAUUCAGGAGUAAGGUCUAAUGAAAGUUCUCCAAAUCAUUCUCUUCACAAUGAAGUUACUGAUGAUUCUCAUCUUGAAAAGGCCAACCUCAUAGAACUUGAAGAUGAUAGCCACAAUGGAAAACAGGGAAUACCACAUAGCUUAAGUGGCCUUCAAGAUCCAGUUGUAGCACGUAUGUCCAUUUGCUCAGAAGACAAGAAGAGUCCUUCAGAAUGCAGUUUGAUAGCUAGUAGCCCUGAGGAAAAUUGGCCAGCUGUAACUGGUCAAAAAGGCUAUAACUUGAAUCGAACACCCAGUACUAUGACCCUAAAUAACAACACUGCUCCGUCCAAUAGAGCUAACCAAAAUUUUGAUGAAACAGAAGGAAUUAGGGAUAUCUCUCAAGUUAUUAUGCGGCCUGGUUCCAGUUCUAAUUCAAGUGGUAUUCAGAAUGAAAAUCUAAAAAGCAUGACCCAUAAACGAAGCCAACGUUCAAAUUACACAAGGCUUUCAAAAGAUUCUUCAGAGCUUCAUACGGUGACCUCUUCUGACAGUGCAGGUUUUGGUGAAGAAAGAGAAAGCAUUCUUUAAGGGAAACAAGAAAAAAAAGGUCAUUAUUAUUAUGCUUCAAAGUCAAGAUUUUCUUAAAAGCCCAUCAAACAAGAAUUUAGUAGUUAGUUUUUAAGAACUUUGAGGAAAAAACAAUUGAAAGAAUAGAAUUCCAGUUUUUAUUUUUAAAAGUUUUUGUGGUUAACUGGCUCCUUGUGUUUUAAAGUGGAAAUCUAAGGCUAAAUCUGAGAGUAAUGAACCUUUUGUUAAAUAUUAAAAGCAUUGUUUCCAAAUAUAAAGAAAAUGAGACUAUUAUAGUUUCUUUCUACAAAAUAAAAUUUCCUUUUUGGGAGACUGAAAUAAUGUAUAAAAUAGAGUAAUCCAUAAAUCCAAUUUUGCAAGCAUUUAUUAAGCACCUUUAUGUGCAAGGCCUUUUGCUGUGCUCUGGGCAUUAAAAAGACAAUACAAACAGUCCCUUGAACUAAAGCAGCUAACAUUCCACUGACAACCAUUGUUGAGCCACUUUUCUGCAUGAAAAAGUAAAUAUUCCCUAUGGUUAUAUUUUGAAGCACUAAACAGAUAAUUUAGUAUGACUUUAAGAAAGUUAAGUUAAUAGUGCCCAGGGUUAGGCCCAAGAAGCUUUGAUUUUAUCUUUCCUUUUUUCCAUGCUUCUUGAUUGAUUCUUUAUAUUACUGAACACCUGGAAAUAGGUAUACCUGUUAUUAGCCAGAGUAGGUACAUUAUACUUUGUUAUUUACAGCCCUGAAUUUGAUAGUCUACUCACCUGUUGGUUCAAGAGCUAAGCUUAUGAAAACAUUCUUAGCUAUAAUGGCAUUUCAUGAAUCAGAACCGGAAUAUAGUACAUUUUCCCCUAAUAUGGUUGAUUUUUCUGCUAUAUCGGUAUAUUUAAUUAUAUGGCCACUUAUGAAAAAAAUACAGCAGCCUGCUAGUUACUGCAUUUUUAGCAGUUAUGACUGUUUCAUCCAAUAAGGAUUGUGUGCUUCCUGUGAACAAAGCAUUAUACUAAAAUCUCUUUGAGGAGACUUGUGCAUAUAAUCAGCAUGCCAGUAUUUCUUGAAUGAAUAAAUGAGCAAAUUGAACUAUUUAUACAUGAAACAGUUACAUAACAAUUCAAGAUAGUGUAUUGUUAGAAGAAGAAAAAUAUCCAUCACUGAAGGAAAAUGUACCCAUUUUAUUUAUUCCUAAACUGUUGUAUCAUUUUUUCUUAUUUGGGGAGGAAAGCAUCAUGGAACCUUUCAUUUAAACCUCUGUAACAAAGCAGGAGGACAGAAAUGCUCAAAAUCAAUGUGAAUAUAAACAAUUGUUUAGAUUCCGUUUACAUUGUUAUUCCCACAUUUACUGGAAUAUCUAUAUUUGAAUGUAUGGGUUAGUAAGUACAUCACAAUCACCCCAGUGAUCUGCUGUUGUCUUUAGAAGUAACUUUAUUUAUAAGCACACACCUGAUAGUCACAAGUAGGAAGAAAUAUGUAUGUACAAAGUAUAAGGAUCAUAUUGUUUUAGUUGAAUAAUCAUACUGUGAUGGGUAUUUAAUAGUUAAUAUCUUUUCAUUAAUAUAAUGAAUGAAUCAUUAACUGGAUUGGAAUCUUUUAAUUAUGGCACUAAGUAGUUGCUUCUUUGUGGUACCCAGUGAAGACUGCAUUAUUGUUGUGUGUUAUCUAAUAACUCAUAAAAUAAUACUUUAUAUUAUCUUUCAUCAAAAGAAGUAUUUGUCCAGUUACAGAACAAAAGGACUGAGCUGGUUAUUGACAGGUUAUUAGCUUUUAGAAUUUAAUAAUCACAUUAAUCUGUGAAGCUCUGUGAUUAGUUUAGGCCAACUAUUUCAUUCCUUUUAGAUGAGUAAUUGUCAUAUCAGUGUCAUUUUAACACAUGCCUUACCCUCAAAAUGAAUUUGCAUGGUUUUCAGAACUUGAAUAUCAAAUGUGUAGAUUUAGAAAACAAUAAAAAAAUAGCAUGCCA